UUCUUGUGCAGAAAACUAGCGAGAGAGAGAUAGAGAGGGGUUUUGCAGGGGUUUCGUAAGAGAAAACUAAACCCUAGCCCUAGCUCACAUUUCCACUGCUGCUAAGGCUCAAUUGUUGUGGUGAAACAUGAAUCGAAUCACCGAUAUUGCAAGAUCAAAAUCACUGAGUUGGUCUGUGGAGUCAUUUGCUUGCCAAUUUCUUCAACAACGAUCCGUGAGUAAAACUGCCAAAGGUAAAGGUAAAGGGACGGGCAAAACGGAAGCGCCACUGAAGCGAUCAAUCGUUUCUACGAAAAAAGGAGCGGCUGAAAAACCUUCCUCCAAAUCUGGAGAAUCGAGGAAAUCUGAACUUGAACAAUUGGUUGAUGAAUGCUUGAAUGCUUCAUCACCAGUCAGACACUUGAAGCCUAAAGAAAUCGAACGGGAAGCUGAGAGAGAGAAGAUGGGGCUACUCAGCAAAGCCCGCAAGUUGGAGAUUGAAUAUUUGAAGAAAAAGAAAUCGGAGAAAGAUUCUCCGUCGGAAAUCAUGGGGACUCCUGGUCUUGAUCUGAUCACAUUGGGUUUGGUGGAUGCUGAUGCGAUUCCCAAGUAUGAAUUGACAAUUGAGGAUGGCCAGAGGCUGGCCAAGGAGUACAGUCGAGUUUUGAUGAGACGCCACAGGGCGAGGCAGGCCGCAGAGACUACAUUCUUGAGGUUGAAGAAGGAGGCGAUUGAGGCAUUGCCUGAGCCUUUGAAAGCUGCAGCUUUGGUUCCAGAUCUGGCUCCAUUUCCGGUGAAUAGAUUUAUGGCAACACUAACACCACCAAUUGAAGGGUACAUUGAGAAGGUCAAUGAGGCAGCAAAGAAGAACUUUAUGAAGGAGAAGCUCAGAUGAUUGGAGGUGGAGCAAGUGCUUAUAGAGCCAAAGAGUGAAUUUUUUUGACCAAUAGCGGUUGCUGAGAUCUGAAUGCUUUGUUAAGUUAAGAAAGAGCAUUGAAAUGCCUCAAGACUAGUGCAAUAAUUUUGUGGAAUCCAGUACUUUUGGUCUUUCUAGUAAUUAGCUUUAUGAAUUACUUAAAAAUAUAUAUAUAUAUAUAUAUUUGUAUGGGCUUUACAUAACUAUGAUUAUUUUGCUGAACUGGUGUACUGAUCACAAAUUUCUGUCUGUUGGGAGAUAUUUGAUAAUUUUGGAACCUGAUGAAUUGUAUGGCCAAAGGGGUUGGAAUUGUUGUGCUGAAAGCCUUUAACAGCUGCUUGGACCUUGAGACAUGAGUCUGAGGUUAUAUAAUCUGUCCUCUUUUUUCCCUUGUUGACUGUUCAUCAUUUUUUAUUCUGCGAAAUCUCCCCUACCGAGUGCAGAGUUGAAUAGGUGCACUCUCUCCCCUACCGAGUGCAGAGUUGAAUAGGUGCACUCUCUCCCCGUUCUUUCUCCCUCUCUUACUAAGUAUCUCAUUAGUAUAAUGUUGAUUCUUUGUCCAAUGAUGCUGUAUGGUAGUGCCAGCGCCUGUGAGCAGUGUGUUCCUAGACUGGUGGCUUAAAAAGCAUGUUUCUGCAUGUCAACAGGAAGGGCAUAGUGAAAUUCAUCCUUGACGAUAGGAGAUUUAGUUAUUUCGUGCCAAAUCUCAAGAACCUUUGAUUGCUCGAAGGAGAUCCUCUAUAUUGGCAAUGACCGCAAUCUGAAGCCUCUAUUACAGUUUGUGGAUAUAGCUAAAGCCCAUUUGUGGGUAUCUGAUAUCAAUGGGUUUAGUAGAAUUGUAGUGUCAGCUUAAGAAGCCACAAAUUCAGGUCUGCUGGAAACUUUGUAUGCGUUGAAUUUUUUCUAUUGAAGAUCUAUGCACUUUUUUUUGCAA